AAGAGGAACCUCCAGCUCGCCAACCCUCAGUCCCACAACCCUUCACUCAACCGGAAGUCGAAAGCCGCACACACACAACCCCAAACCCUUAUUCGCACACCCCAAACCCCUUCUUCAGCUACCUUGCUGAUUACCAAACACGUGUCCGACUUCUGUGAAAGGUCAUAGGGGGGAUUUUUUCCCAGGGGGUGACCUUUUGUGGUUGUGUCAAUGUGUCUGUAACAAAUCCGAAAAGAACGAAAGGAGCUGGAGCGGCGCCCCUACGGCCCGGCAACCCCGGCGGCCGAGAGCAGACAGCGUCCUCGUACCAUAACAAACAUGGCGGCCGUCCGAUGAAAGUUGCCCGCUCCUAUGACCCCGUUUAUGACCUCGUGCAACCCGUGUGCCUGCUGCUAAGGACCGAAAGCGAAGGGGAAUUAGGGUAGAAGCGUGGAGGAGGGGGAAAGAGAGAUAAGCUCCUCUCCUCGUGCCGAAAGGGGCCAAAUGGUGUGAUGUGAACUUGUAUUUCUCUUCCGAUAUCGCGAUGGACUGUGGAAGGAAGGGAGUGACUGACCCAAGGGCGUGACCUGAUCUAGGAAUAUUAUUUUUUAAGUGAAGUGGAGAGAGAGAUAAAGGAAAAGAGAGGAAAAGUAAAGCAUAAGUGUGCUUCCGGGUGACUUCUUCGGAUUUUACUUCCACUUUGGUGUCAGGAUGAAAGACCAAACCCAAGUGUGAUGGUGGGUGUAGGAACAAGGGGGCCAGCGUGGGCCCUGGGGGGAUCCUAUACCCCUCACCAUUCCUCGCUUCUGGACGUCCUAGGAAGCGAACCAGGUGGCCCCCCCCUUGAUGGCCCUGCUUUAACUGUGGCACUGGAUGUAGUACAAGCCUGGGCUGUGCUUAUCACUGUUGGCUUCACACUUGUGCUCUUUGUGUUCCUGGCGUUCUGUGUGUGCGCCAAAAAAGAUGAUGGCUACGAUGAAUAUGAGCUGAGCCAGGGGCUGACAACAGUGAAGGUGUGUCAUGAUGGGGGAGAGAAUGGGCUCAGCAGCUAUCCGCGCAUCAAUGGCUCCAACACACCUAAAGGCAGUGAUGAGGCUUCAGAGGCAUCCAGCAGAUGUACUCUGAAGCGGGAGUUGCCAGCUAUCCCAUUAAGCGCUCAUCCAGACCCAUCUGGUGACUGCAAUGUGGAACGCACACAGUCACAGCAUUCCUCUGAUCUCUAUGCUGCAGUUGGAGAUGUCAAUGAUGCGAGCGGAAUAGCCAAGGUUAUUGGCGGUGUGCAGGUGCUACCCUCUGGUGCCAUUGGGCCUGGGGGUCGGGCAGCCAUCCUGCGUGACCCCAAUGUGACCUCCCCCACUGACUCUAGUGGUCCCACUACCAGUGAUGGGCCUGGAGUUGCGACCAGUGUGGCUGCUGCUCACCCCUAUGCCAAAGUGAAGAAGGAACAUCCCUACGCUCAUGUCAAGCUACCAAAGAAAGAUCAUCCUUAUGCAAAGGUGGUUCGUGAUGAUUCUGAGGACCCUGAAACAGAUACAGAUAAUUAUGAUGACCCCAAAGCCAUUGCCAAAGACAAAACUAGUGGAUGGGACUCUGAGGCUACCUAUGAGGCAGCUCCCCCUGUGCCUGAGAAGCGCUUUGACCUAGAGGAGGAGACAGCUGUGGGAUCAGGUCCUCCUGCAGAUAGCAUUGUUGGGGGAGGGGGUCUCAUGACCACUUCUGUGACCUCAGCCACCUCUGCCCUUGGGCCAUCAUCCCCCCGGUCACCCCUCCUCAGCGCCCGGGUCUCCAUGACGAGCUCAGCACAUUCCCCUACAUCCCCCCAUAGCACAGGACCGAGUGCAGAUAGGCCUCCCUCUGCAGAUAUCCCUGCUGCCAUGGCUAUCUCAGGACGCACCCCCGCCAAUGAGGAGCUGCCUUAUAUGACACCCCCACUACAUCAUGCUGGCAUUGAGCUCCCAGUACAGCAAAACUUCAGUGGAGACUCCCAGGACUCACGAGGCUACACAAGCAUCAGUGUACGGGAACCCCUGGCUGCUCUCAAGGCACAGUCUCAGGGGACAGCAGCUACCACAGCAUCUCCUGCUACUCAACCCCAUGAAGGAGAAGGGUACUACAUGACUGUGUCAGAUGACUCGGCUGACGAGAUGUAUGCUUGCAUUUAUGAAGGCUCAAGAGGCGUGGGAAGUGAAACCUAUGCGCAGAUUGAACCACGGUCUACCCCACCCCCACCUCCUCCUCCUAUGCCUAGUCCUCCACAUGCGCCUUCAACCCCCUCACCUCUCUCGACGCGAGGUGGAUCCCAACCUCCACCAGCUCCUCCUAGUGUGGAUAGUCUGCGGCAUGUUGUUCACUCCCGGCAAGCCUCAUCGAGCAGUGCUGCCAGCACAGUAAUGGGCAGUCCAGGAGCCGAGAAGAGAGGAACGCGGUCUCCCUUGCCACCUCUUCCCCAGGGGGACACCAGCCUCUACUCUGGCCCAUCCCCGCAGCCGCCUCACUCACCUCCGCGUACAGCAGCCCCCCCAGCAGAAAGGCCGACGCAAAGGGCGCUAGAGGAGAUGUAUGCUAAGGUCAUGAAGAAACAACGCCCAGGACACAGUCGCGGUGAUAGUUCUGGCGGAGGAGAGAGUGAUGCAGGGAGUGUCUCAUCAUCACGACGUGGCUCGGUAGACAUUGGGGGAGCUCGAUGGGGAUCCCAUGCUUCCACUCCCCCCACAACUCCUCGGCAAUCCCUAGAUUUGGGUGCUAUGACACACAGCCUCAUAGAAACGCGCAAUCUGGAAGUCGUUACGAAUAUUAGUAGAGCAAAGUCAUAUGAAACAGCUGGUGUCUGGGGAGGGGCUACACAGCACCCUCCGGCACAGCAAGGAGCUCCACCAAACCCAAACUAUGAGACAAUACCUCAAUUGCCAUCAAACUUCUACUCGGGAGGCUCUUCAGAUCCUGGCUAUGAGACAGUGAAGAAUGCGGAGCCUCCAUACGCAAGUGUGGAGCGACCAGAGGAAACAUACCCUGGGUAUGAGACCUUCAAGCUCACCUCUGAUGUGGAGUCUGAGCCAGGUUACGAAACUCUGAAACACCGUGAGUAUGAAGCAGGCUAUGAGACUGUCACUGAUAAGAGCAAGCAGCCGAGCUCAGAGCCAGGGUACGAAACAGUGGCUCAUGAGGGCAGCCAGGAGGAGGAGGAGCCAGGUUAUGAGACUGUCACUCAUCACCGUAAAGAGGAAGCGGCUGAUCCAGGUUAUGAGAUUGUCAAGGGAAAGACUGGUGUAGAGUUAGCAGAUCCAGGCUAUGAGGAACUGCAAGGGGCUAUACAUCAUGCUCGCACCACAUCCGAACAUGACCCAAACUAUGAGCAGCUGAAAUUUAGUAGCCGUCGUUCUAGUGAUGGGGAUGCAGAGCCAGGCUAUGAGGUUGUCAAGAAAGUGGAGGCAGAAAGCACCUACGAAAUGGUCCGUGACUACGACACCCAAGAAAAGGACCCCACCUAUGAAAAGAUUGACAAACCUGAUGAGCUCCCAAGCCCAUUAGAAACCCCAAUGUAUGCCAGUGUCAUACGGAAAGGCAGUCCAGAGAAAAAGGCAGCCAAGGAUAAGAGCCCAGAGGUUGAAGAAAUAGGCCCAUCACCUGUGGGGAAAAAGCAACCUGCAGCAGAAGAGGCUGUAGAUACAAAAGAGGAAGAAAGCAUUCCCCCACCACUUGCCAUGAAGCAACCAUCACCCCCUCUACAGAAGAGUCCCUCUCUCCCUCUACAGAAGAGUCCCUCUCCCCCUCUACAGAAGAGUCCCUCUCCCCCUCUACAGAAGAGUCCCUCUCCCCCUCUACAGAAGAGUCCCUCUCCCCCUCUACAGAAGAGUCCCUCUCCCCCUCUAAGGAAAAGCCCAUCUCCUGUCUUGAGAAAGAGUCCUUCACCUCCCCUGAAACAGAGUCCAGAGGAAAGGUCUCCAAAGAGUCCUUCACUUCCCUUGAAACAGAGUCCUGAGGAAAGGUCUCCAAAGAGUCCUUCACCUCCUUUGAAACAAAGUCCUGAGGAAAAGUCACCAAAGAAGAGUCCUGACAAUGCUUCUCCUGUGUUAUCCAAGAGUCAUGAUAAAGUUUCUCCAGUUUUAGCUAGAAGUCCAGAGAGGGAAUCUCCACCUCAAAUGAAGAGUCCUGUAAAGGAAGUUUUGUCUUCAACAGAGAUCUCUGAAAAGGAAAUGGGAUAUCCACCUAUAGCCAAAAGUCCUGAGAAAGAAUCACCACCAUUAAUGAAGAGUCCAGAAAAAGAACAAGGAUCCCCUUCACCCAUUGCUAAAAGUCCUGAAAAAGAAUCCCCGCCAGUAGCCAUGACUUUAGAGAAGGGGUCUUCACCCCCAGCAAAAAGUCCUGAAGAGGGAUUUCCUGACUUAACAAAAAGUCCUGUUAAAGAAUCUCCAGUUACAAGGGAGAGUCCUGAGAAAGAAUUUGUCCCUCCUGUGCCACCCACAGCACCCAUGCCAAGCACUGAUCUACAGGAAGGGAUUCCUGAAAGACAAUCGUCUGUUGAGAAAAGUCCAGUUGUCCCUGUGUUAACCUCAGUAGCCCAGUCAUUCCCUACUCCAGUCAAGAGUCCAGAGGCAAGCCUGUCCGAUGAUGAUGUAGUAUUAGGAAUGACACCAGACAAGAAAUCUGUUGUGUUUGAUGACAGUCCUGAUAAGACUUUUUCUCCAUCAUCUGACAGCUCAGAUGAGGAAAGUUUAUCAGAAAAGUUUCCACAACAAAAGCCUCCACCCAGGUUAGAAAGUCCAGUUAGAGAGCAGUCCAGCCUAGAAAAAGAAGGUCCAGUUCAGCAUCCCUCCUCACAGAGUCCAACCAAAGUAACAGAUCCGUCAGCACAAGAAAGCCAUGUAGAAGCAGUGUCAUUGCUAAGUGAAGAUGUUAAUGAAAAUGCAUCAGUAACAAGUGGUGAUUCAGAGAAAUUCCCUGCACCACCUCAAGUAUCUAGUCCUGACAGAACAUCAGCAGCUGCUUUUGAUAGUUUAGGGGCCCAGGAUGGAGUCCCUGUACCAGAAACACAGAAUCAGCCCCAGGAGACUAUUAAUCCCCUUUAUAUGGUUGGAGACAACAGCAACCAGCAGCAAAGUAUGAUGCAGGAGACCAGUACAACGAGUCAGGUGGUUUCUGUAGGAUUAUGUGGUGAUCUCCCACCACCGCCUCCAGUAGAAGAAGAUGAGGCUGCCUUUCCAAAUGACUUGCCACCACCCUUACCAGAAGUGACGUCAUUCAUGCCUUCUAAUGAUGCUUUGUCUGAAGAAGCGCCACCUCCACCUCUUGUGUCCCCUUCAGAUGUAGAAGGACUGGAGGAUAUGCUUCCUCUAGCACACAUGGGGUCUUCCUCCUCAGGUAGCACUGCAGGACAGCCAGGCAGCAUUCAUGGCAGCUCAGAAAAAGACUCUGACUCCCCUCAGGAAUCUGAGGACACUCAGAUGGAAGGCACCAUAGUAGCAGAUGACCUCCCUCCACCCCCAAUGGCAGCUACAACAGGGAGUGAACAGGAUUCUGAUGAAGAGCUUGACAAUUCAGUAUCCUCUGGUUAUGAACAUGGCUUUACUGCUGGGGGAAUAACCGUCACAGUGAAUCCUAUGGCAGACAUGGAGGAGACGCAAGAAGCCACUGACAGUUUGCCUCCUCCCCCUCCCAGUGAACCCUCUCCAGUUGCCCCACCAUCACCUAUUGCUGUCUCAGCAGUAGUGACCAGUAGUGCAGGCAGUCAGAGUAGCAGUAAUGGAUCAGGGAGCCAAGACACAGGUAGUGGCAGUGUAGAGAGUGUAGUUACAGUAGAGUGUGCUGUGGCUGGAGACUCCAGGGUUCAAGACAGGCAACGAUCCACCGACUCUUCCUCGAGUCCUGAGAGUCGUCAUGUAGAUCCCAAUGAGCAGAUAACAGAAGUAUGAGGCAACACUGAUGUGCAUACAGCAACAGAUGUGGCAUAGCUUUAGGAAUGUAGUUCCCUGUUGCUCAGGUUAUCUUUAAGAUAUACCACAUUGCCUACUAGAUUUGGCAGCAGCUCAUAAUUUUUGCACCAAACUGUAACUGGUAUCUAAUUCAACCUAAGUUGCAGCUAAGCAAUUGUUAGUCAUUUUUUCACAGAGUUAUGUGGACCAUCUUGAUUACACAACGCUACUAUGAUAAGUAACUUUAUUGGUAGCUGUUGGCUGUGAAAUAUAAAUAUCAUAUUUCCAAUAUAGCUAGGAACAAUUUCCCUUGUUAGCUUAAAUGAAUUACUGAUGUCGGUUUCAUGCAAGUGUUAUAACAAAGGACUGGCUUCACAGAGCCUUGUGAAUAUUUCCAGACAUAAAAUAACAAUUUUAAUCUACUUACUAAGAGAUAGGUAAAAAAUAUUUCAAUUACUGCCAUUUUUACACCUUGUUAUGUGAUUCUUUUUCCCAACGAGGCAAGUAUAUGUUUAAGUGAAUGAAGGCAUGGAUUUGGUAUUUAAAUUUUUACCCGGUUGUAUAUGGGUGUGUUUGUAAACUAGAUAAACUGAAGUGCUACAGGAGUAAUUUUUGUAGGUGUGGCUCAUGGUAGUUAGUAUGGAUUUAUGUGGUGUGUUCAUGUUAGCCAACAAGGGGCUGCGGCAUCAUGUGCGGUAAUAAACUUUUGAUAUUAAUCAUGUCGCUCGUGGACAAAAGAAUUGCCAUGAUAAAUUCUGUAUGCAGUUUGUUGCCAAAGUUCCUGUUUUUGUGACAACAGGCAGGUUGAAGCUUUAUAAACUUAACAGUGUUCAGUAUAUGUAAUGGUAAGUUCUAUUUAUGGUACUAUAGGGUUGUAGUCAGCAAACAUGUUUUAAUGCAUAUUUGGACAUCAUUCAACACAGCAUUUUCUCAUCCAGUAUUGAUACUCAGCAGAUAUUAAUCUUUCCAGUGGUUUAAAUGUCAUGUAUAAUUCUUUAAUUUUUUGUAUGCUGUUGAAGUUCAUAGUAAUUGCUUUCUUGGAAAAUUUCCAUUGAACAAAAAUUACUGUAUUAUUCACAGGUUACAAAGCCACUACACAUACAGCAAGUUACUAUCUCGUGAUAAUAUCAAACGUUUUUUCGAUGUUUUCUCCUUUGAAUAUGUAUUGCUCUACUCUUUGAAUCUGUUAUAAAAAUAGCUAAGAAGAUGUUAGUCAGUUGUGAUUUCAGUAGACUUCGAGCUAUGCUUCAAGAUUCAUACUCUCAAUCUACAGAACUCUUGUUAGCAGUUUGUCACCAGUGCUAUGAUUUAGCAAGUCUUGUCUUAUUCUCUUCUGUUCUUUAGGCAGCCUUUGUAUUGUUGGCUUGAAUGUUAACAGCAUAGCCAGGUUAGGGAAGGUAAGCAUGUCGUGUCUGUCAGCUACCUAACCUUGCUAUGAUUCUGAAUGUUUAUGAUAAAGGUGAGUGUGUAUAUGGUGUUCAAAAAUUUGAGUCUCAACUCUCAUCAACCAGUGAAACCCAGUUGAAGUUUGUUGUUUGUUUUAUUGGUUGUUAAGGCAUUUGCAAAUCAUAUGAUAUGUGAUUAUGUGGAUGGAUUAGGUGUAUUUUUAUUCAUUUAUUUUCACCUUGAAUUGUGAUGUUUUGUCUUUCUUGUAUGAUUUAUACGAAUGCAUUUGACCUGUUUGUUUAAUGCGAAAGUCUAUUUUGUUACUCGUUACUCAAAUUAUUAUGUUGUGGUUUGAAAUCAGAUGAUUUUAUUUAUCAAGCAACAGAUGCAAAACAGAAAGACCCACAAAACAUUGUUGCUUAACUGAGGUUUCACUGAUAGAAUGUAGUAUGUGUGCCAAAAAAUCUAAAUGUUGUCAAAUGUUUCAAGAACAUUACUCUUAGAGGCAGCUCCUUGAGGGUAUUGCUCUUCAUACUGUAAUUGAAAUGAAUUGAAUGUUCCUGGGUGUAUAUAGAUAACAGUGGCCAAAAUUGCAAAGUUCAGAAAUCAGCCGUGAAUGAGGUGAUUGAGGGAAUGUUUGCAGUACCCAGCAGUUGUUAAUAAUGAGCAUUUUAGAUUAAAUGUCCCUUCUCUCCCUCUUCCUCCCUUCUAUCUUAUUUUUUUUUUCUUCCAUAUUUCUUGUUUUCUGUAGUGUGUAUAACAUACACAUACUUAUUAAUAGUACCUGAAUGUAUGAUUUUCUGACCCCAUGGAGAACUGGUACAUGAAAUGAGUUAGAAGAUUUUUUUCUACUUUUAGAAAAUCUUCCUUGUGGUCAGUGGUUCUAUUGAUGGUGGUUUUCUCUGUGUCUCUGAUGUCAGCUUUAUAUAUGCUACUAUGAGCAAGCUUGAAUAGUAAACAAGGUGAAGCUGAUUUUUAUAUAUAUUUUAGUGUCACUCAAUUCUGUUGUUGCCUUUUUGUGAAUGAACCAAAGCUUCACAUUAAUGGGUUUGUGAUAGUUUGUUGUACUUACUGUUAUUUAUUUUGCAAAUCUUCAUUCUCCAAUAGUUUAAUUGCUGGUGCUAAACACUGAUUCUAGUGCAUGUAAAUAGCUCAACAUCUGUAAAAAAAAAUAAUUUUUCUGUUUUUCAUGUCCUGUGCAUUGAAGAUAUUUUAUAUCACUGUUCCUUGAUUUUUUCACUAUUAUUUAUGCUAUAGAGAUUACAUUACUUGUGUUGUUUGUGAGUGCCCAUACAUACUCCUCCUUCUCUUUGCAUGAAUGUCUCAUUUAACUUUUUUCAGAUUUUUAUGCUUCAUUUGUUUUCAAAAAAACUGUCAUUCUUUCUUUUUAUGUACUGCUUGUGUUAUUAUUUUAGUGUGAGAGUUUUGUAGUCAUUACUGCGUUUCCAACUUGCCUCUGUAUCCAAUGAAGAGAAGUUGCAAUUGGAGUAAUUGAAUUGGUGUUGCCCAAUUAGUUAGCUUGGAACCAAAGAAUAACUUUCCAUAGAAUAUUCUGCAUCAUUAUUGCAAUAAAGAGAGAGAGAGAAAGAGAGAGAGAGAGAAAAAGUGACUAGUUAUCUAAGGAAUGUAAUGCAGCAUAUAGCAGUGGUGACUUUAAUGCAGUGACUUGUAUACUUUUAUAUUUUCUCUCUUGAUAUAUUGAUUUAUAAACUUGUAUUCUCCUUUUGUUUUUACUUCUUUCUUCUCAUGAACACAGUGACUUAUAUACCCUUUUAAAUAAACAAAAUUAGUAACUUAUGUAUACUUUUAUAAUCUUUAUUUUUACUUUAUUUUAUUUUAUACAACAUAAGUGCAAUAUAUACAGUAUAUACAUACAUAUAUAUUUCUUAUGUUCAGUCUCUGCAGCUGAUACCUGAUUCAAAAUUGCAGUCUUCUGAAGUUCAAAUUCACUAGCACGGAUGGUUACCUGGGGAAUGUGUUCUGACUGGCAGUGGAUGAGUGGAGAGAGCGCUGGAUGCUUGGUAAAGUGUUUGAUCCUUUGAGGCAGGUUUUCCUAAGCUUGAUCAAUAUUUUGCAUUUUUGUCCCUCUUAGUUGUAGAUCUUUUGUUUGUUGUUUUUACUUUUCUUUUAUUUGUUUUUGAUUGAUAGGCAAGAAUGGCAGUGUUUUGUUAAUGAAUAGUAUACUAUCUUUAAACUUGUUUUUUCAACCUACAGUUUUUAGUAUUUUGAGCACUUUGCAUAUUAACUAGAAAGAAGUUAAUAGCAUUGUAUUUUAGAAAUAUUACACUGUUAACUUUGAAAAAAGUUGGGAAGCAGCCACUUUUUAAAGAUUUUAUUUUGAUUUUAUUUAUGAAUUUAAUUUUGUUGUCAAAAACACUUAACUGCUCUUAAAAUAUGUGUAUUGCUGAACAAUCCAUGUGUAAGAAAAUGAAGACCUUGCACUUCAUUUAUUUAUUUAUUUAUUUAUUCAUUUUUUAGUUUGACUUGCAGUAAAGCUUCCUGCUUUUGACUCAUAGAAUUUAAAUUAAGUGGCUAGCUUGCCUUUCUUUAGUCAUACUGAAACGUAACUUGCAAUAGUUAAUGACUAGGCAGUAGGUAUUAGAAUAUUGUUCAAAUCAACUUGUCUGAAAGAUAAUUUGUCGUGUGUUUUGUGAAAAAAAGAUUUUGGUGCAUUUAGGUAAAGAAUACUCUUAAUAUUGAAUCAAGAAUCUCUGGUAAAUGUUAACUGUAGUGAUGAAAGCAAAAACCAAAAGAAAAAAAAAAAAAAAAAUUAAGGAACAAGUUUUUAUUGCAUUUACUUAUGGUAAGCAUCCUUUAUUACCAGUAUCUCAAAAACCAAGGUUGUAUUUCAGCCUUUUUAGAAAUAACACAAGUUCAAUUACCCAGUGUUCAAGCGUGGUAGGAAGUGAGAGGUCUUAGGUGAACGCUCCUAAGCAAGGAAAAGAUCAGGGAUAUCUUACAUGUUUUGUGGUGCGUGUGUGUGUGUGUUUCUUUUAAUAGCUGCUGAGUCGGCAUUUUUUUAUUAUUUUUUUUAUUGAAUAUGGUACAGUUUCCUAGUGACAGUACUUACUGUUUUCCUUUCUUUCUUUUUUUAUUUUUAAUGAUUUUUAUUGUUUUUUUUUUGUAUCAGAUUUCCAUUAAUUAGUGUAAAUAAGGUGAUUCAUUGCAUUUAUGCAUUUGACUUUAGAGAAUCUUACAGAGCGGUUUAUUAUUAUUUUUUUUUAAUCUUAUGUAUGUACUUGUGAGCUGUUUUCAUCUUUUAAGUACAGUGUUUGUAAACAACAAAACCAGUUAUUUAUUCUUGUUAAGUAAUAGCAUACUAUUUAUUGGUUGAAUUUAUAUCUCAAAGAAUAAUGGAAUCUCUAGAUGGGAUAUGACUAUAAUGGUGCAAGCAAAGUUCACAGUUGCUAGUGCUUGAAGUUCAAGAUAGAAAGUAAAAGUCUCUUUCCAGGUACACAUUCAACAAAUGUUACUGUUUUGUCUAUUCAAAGUCUCAUGCUUAGCCACAAAUGAAUCAAUAAUAACUUGAGUAGAAAUACAGGAAUCUGUAAUUUAUGCUUCACCAUAUUUUUAUUAUUGUUAUUGAUAUUAUUAUUAGUCUUGUUAGUGUCAUUAUUUUUUUACAGGCUACUGAUUACAUUGAUUUUCUGUAACUUAAACAGAUCUCUCUAAUCACUACUGUUGCUUCCUUUAAGGUUAUUGAUCACAUUCUUGUAAAUUGGGAUCUUCUUUACUUCAACAUUGUAUAAGUUACUGAGAAAAAAACUUUUUUAUUAUAUUUUUAAUUGAUUUUAAUCUCUAUCUCUGAUACUUUCUAAAUGUAUUUGAAUACAUUUUUCAUACUCUCUGAAAUGUUCUUUUUCUCCUAUAUUUUAUUUUAUCCAUUUUUAAUUUUCCUUUUGCAAUCUUGAAAGGAAUCUCAGAAUUGAUGGGUCUUUCGUUAUUUCAACUGAUCAAUAGGUUAGUGUCACGCGACGACUAACUCCACUUUUUUCCUUCGCAUCAAUGGUAGCUGAUGGUAUAUGCAUGCAUCAUGGAGACAUCCUCAUCAUGAGAUGCAAUAUGCUUUUCACCAUCCUUCACAGCUCAGCUUUAUGUGUCCGUUCAGCCACAUGUGCGCGUGCGUGAGUGUCUCUCUCAAGAAUUAGUGACGCUUAUUUCUCUCCCAGUGCACCUUCUUUGACAAUUGUGUAGCACAAGAGAGUGGAGGUUUUGUCAUUAUGUGAGAGAGUGACGCACCUCUUGUGGUCAGUAAGCUACUACUUACACAGUAAAAAAGGAUUAUAGUAA